CGGUCGUCCACUCGUGAGACCAUCGAUUCGCAUCCCUCCCUAAAAUAUCCCUAGCCAAGGCAACCAGCCCUAACCGGCUAACCCUCGCUCGCUCUGCCCUCCCUCUUCGCGGCGGCCGCCGUCCUCGCCGUGUCCACAGAUUCCGGGUGUUCCGGUGGAGGCGCUCCCGGCGCACCAUCUCUAGAUCCGCCCCUGACCAAGCACCAUGUCCGUGGCGGCUGGGGUCAGCGAUGCCGCCAUCGCGGUGCGCGACAAGCUCCGCGGCAAGAUCGGCCAGACCAAGGUGAAGCGCUACUGGCCGGGAAAGGCGCCCGAGUGGGGCGGGGAAGACGCCGAUGACGACAUCGAUAUCCGGACGGCUAGGGUUUCGCUCGACAAGGCGUUCCCCAAGGACGACGACGGGGGCCGCCCCGCCAAGGAUGACCGCAGGCUCCGCCGCCUUGCGGAGGCCCGCGGGGAGAGCAAGGAGGAGCUAAGGGCCGAUCACCGCCGCAUACGGCAGGCUGAGAUCGUGUCGACUGCGGAGGAGGAGAGGGAUAGGCAGGAGGCUGAGUUGGAGGAGGAGGGGGAUGAGGAGGCCCAGGAGGAGAGGAGGAGGAGGAUUAGGGCCAGGCAGCUCUUGAGGCAGCAGGAGGAAGAGCUGCUUCCGCAGGAGGAGGAGCCGGUAGAGGAGGAGCAGGAGGAGGAUGGAGAAGAGUCUGAGUACGAGACUGACUCGGAGGACGAGCAGAUGGGCAUGGCCAUGGUGAAGCCUGUCUUCAUACCAAAGUCGCAGCGGGACACUAUUGCUGAGCGCGAGCGACUGGAGGAGGAGGAGCGGCAGCUUGAGGAGCUAGUCAAGAAGAGGCUGCAGGCUAGGAAGAUAGAGACUAGGCAGAUUGUGGUGGAAGAGAUUAGGAAGGAGGAACAGAUUCACAAGACACUAAAUGAGGAGGCUAGCAUUGAGGAUAUCGAUACGGAUGAUGAGUUGAACGAAGCAGAGGAGUAUGAGUCAUGGAAGAACCGUGAGAUAGCAAGAAUCAAGAGGGAUAGGGAGGAAAGAGAUGCACGGUUGAAGGAGAAGGAGGAGAUCGACAAGGUGAGGAAUAUGACCGAGGAGGAGCGCCGGGAAUGGGAGCGGAAAAACCCAAAACCACUUCGUCAGUCCAAACAGAAGUGGAACUUUAUGCAGAAGUAUUACCACAAGGGUGCCUUCUUCCAGGAAGGCGCUGAUGACGUGAGUCAAUCAGUUGGCAGGGAUGAUAUCUACACCCGUGAUUUCUCUGCACCUACUGGAGAAGAUAAGAUGGACAAGAGCAUCCUGCCCAAGGUCAUGCAAGUCAAGCAUUUCGGACGGAGUGGCAGAACGAAGUGGACACAUCUUGUUAAUGAGGACACUACUGAUUGGAAUGCACCAUGGUCUACAAAUGGGCCCUUGCGAGCAAAGUAUAAUGCAAAAAUGGCAGGCAUGAAUGGGCCUAUUGCUAAACCAAAGGGAAGUAAGAAGAUGAAGGAUUGGGAUACAAAACAAGAUGAUUAGGCAUUUCUUUUGCUGGCUGAACUGGUUCUUCCAGAUGGCAUAAUUUGCUCUUUAUUGUUGACUGAUGUAUGAAUCGUGAUUAUUAGCAAGCAAUGGACAGACCUGUUGGUAUCCACAAUUGUUGUGCCUGAGAAAAGUUCUAGUGUAAUGAAUAAUGAGACCACUCACAGGAGGAUUAUGAGUUAUAAGACCCUUUGCCAGCGGCGUUGUCCUCCAACCCAGUGGAGUUCAACAGCUUCAGGGAAAUCUCAAUCCGAGGAAAGGCUCUGGCCCAUCCCAUCCCAAUAUGGAAAAAGUGACUGCAUAGAAAUGUUGAAAUCCUUGUAUAAUCUCAAUACCAACUUUUCAUUGGUCAUGUUUCCAUCUUUGUACUGACGCAGAAGAGCAGAAGAAACCAUGUAUUUUAGUCAAAUUAGCUUAAAUUUACUUUGCUUUUUGAACUGGAUUCAUCGGGUUGGUCAACUUCUAGUUCUGUUUUCACAAAACACUGCAGCUGAUCUAGAGUUU